GUUUUCAUUUCUUCUACUAAUAAAUUUAUUCGCGAAAGUGCAAAAUAUAAAUCAUAUUUUUCAUUCGAAAUGGUACUCUGCAGGCAAAAUAUUGUGUGGUUUAGUUUAAUGACACUAUUGAUAGCCUUUCAUGUGGCCGCUGAAUACGACAAUACACCACAACCCUCCGAAGAAGACAACUCAUCCUCAGAAGCAACCAUUGAGGAUUCAAACGAAUCGCGUAACAAGCGGUCUAUAGAAGCUACAAAUGUCGAUAAUAACAGCAAGGGAGGGGAUGGAAAGUCAAUGGCAAGGGCUGGUAUACCAGGAUUACCUGAUCCCGCGACAAUUCUCAAAGUCGCAGAAAUCCUACAAGCUUUGGGUGAGAAAGUAGUACCGAUUCUUGUUGAAGGUAAUUCUGUGGCAAACCUAGUAGCGGAAAGAUUAGACAAAAACUAUGCAUUCUUAAAAGAUUUAAAAUCACAAAUAGAUUCUUUGACAUACCAAACGAAGUCAAUGUAGUAAUAAGAACCGUUUUAUAAACCAGUACAAUUUAUUUUAAAUAUUUAAUUAAUAAAACCUUAUACUAAACUAAACUAUUUUAUAAUA